AUUUUCCUUGCUGCUGCUGAACUUGGAGGAGUACUACUUUGAACAGCACACGGCUCAUCACAUUCUGCUCCAGGGCAGGGUCCCUGAAAGGAAGAUCAGAGGUUCCUUGAAAAUAUGUUCAAAAUCAGUGAUUUUUGAACCUGAUGUAAUAUCCCAGCCCAUCAUUAAGAUUCCUUUGAGAGAUUGUAUAAAAAUAGGAAAACAUGGAGAAAAUGGAGCCAAUAGACACUGUGCAAAGGCAAAAUCUGGGAGAAUUUCACUCAUUUUCAGUCAGGUGUAUUUCAUUAAAGAACAUAAUGUUGUUGCACCAUAUAAAAUAGAAAGGGGCAAAAUGGAGUAUGUCUUUGAACUGGAUGUUUCAGAAAAGGUGGAAGACGUUGUGGAGACAUUGCUUCAGCUUCACAGAGCAUCCUGCCUUGACAAACUGGGUGACCAAACUGCCAUGAUAACAGCAAUUUUGCAGUCACGUUUGGCUAGGACAUCGUUUGACAAAAAUAGGUUCCAGAGUGUUUCUGAAAAACUGCACAUGGAAUGCAAAGCAGAAAUGGUGACGCCCCUGGUGACAAAUCCCGGACACGUGUGCAUCACUGACACAAACCUGUACUUUCAGCCUCUCAAUGGGUACCCGAAACCUGUGGUCCAGAUAACACUCCGUGAUGUCCGCCGCAUUUACAAAAGGAGGCACGGCCUCAUGCCCUUGGGCUUGGAAGUAUUUUGCACAGAAGAUGAUCUGUGUUCCGACAUCUACCUGAAGUUCUAUGAACCUCAAGAUAGAGAUGACCUCUACUUUUAUAUGGCGACGUAUCUAGAGCACCACGUUGCAGAGCACUCUGCCGAGACCUACAUGCUGCAGUGGCAGCGAGGGCACCUCUCCAACUACCAGUACCUGCUCCACCUCAACAACCUGGCCGACCGCAGCUGCAACGACCUGUCCCAGUAUCCCGUGUUCCCAUGGAUAAUCAACGAUUACUGUAGCUCAGAGCUAGAUUUGUCAGACCCAGGAACCUUCCGGGAUCUUAGUAAGCCGGUGGGAGCCCUAAAUCAGGAACGGCUGGAGAGACUCCUGACACGCUACCAGGAGAUGCCCGAGCCGAAGUUCAUGUAUGGGAGUCACUACUCUUCCCCAGGCUACGUGCUCUUCUAUCUCGUCAGGAUUGCACCAGAACAUAUGCUGUGCCUACAGAACGGAAGAUUUGAUAAUGCAGACCGGAUGUUCAACAGUAUUGCAGAAACUUGGAAAAAUUGUUUGGAUGGUGCAACAGACUUUAAAGAGUUGAUUCCAGAAUUCUAUGGGGAUGAUGUCAGCUUCUUAGUCAAUAGUCUGAAGUUGGAUUUGGGAAAAAGACAAGGAGGGCAGAUGGUGGAAGAUGUGGAACUUCCCCCUUGGGCUGCAAGCCCGGAGGAUUUUCUGCAGAAGAGCAAAGAGGCGCUGGAAAGCAACUAUGUGUCAGAGCACCUUCAUGAGUGGAUUGACCUAAUAUUUGGCUACAAGCAAAAAGGGAGCGAUGCUGUCGGGGCCCAUAAUGUAUUUCACCCCUUGACCUAUGAAGGAGGCGUGAACUUGAACAGCAUCGAAGAUCCUGAUGAGAAAGUAGCCAUGCUAACCCAGAUCUUAGAAUUCGGGCAGACGCCAAAACAGCUGUUCGUGACACCACAUCCUCGAAGGAUCACCCCAAAGUGUAAAAGUUUGUCCCAGACUUCCAGCUAUAAUGCUUCUAUAGCCGAUUCCCCAGUUUCUCCAGGUGAAGAGUCCUUCGAAGACCUGACGGAAGAAAGCAAAACACUGGCCUGGAACAACAUCACCAAACUGCAGUUACACGAGCACUAUAAAAUCCACAAAGAGGCCGUCACUGGGAUCGCAGUCUCUUGCAACGGCUCUUCAGUCUUUACAACGUCGCAAGAUUCUACCUUGAAGAUGUUUUCUAAAGAAUCCAAAAUGCUACAAAGAAGUAUAUCAUUUUCAAAUAUGGCAUUAUCAUCCUGUUUGCUUUUACCAGGAGAUGCCACUGUCCUAAGUUCUUCAUGGGAUAACAACAUCUAUUUUUAUUCUAUAGCAUUUGGAAGAUGCCAAGACACGUUAAUGGGACAUCAUGACGCUGUUAGCAAGAUCUGUUGGCAUGACAACAGGCUAUAUUCUGCGUCGUGGGACUCUACGGUGAAGGUGUGGUCUGGCGUUCCUGCAGAGAUGCCAGGCACCAAACGGCACCAAUUUGACCUGCUGGCUGAUUUGGAACAUGAUGUCAGUGUAGACACGAUCAGUUUAAAUGCAGCGAGCACACUGUUGGUUUCUGGCACCAAAGAAGGCACAGUGAACAUCUGGGACCUGACUACGGCCACCUUACUGCACCAGAUUCCAUGCCAUUCGGGGACUGUAUGUGAUACUGCUUUUAGCCCAGACAGUCGCCAUGUCCUCAGUGCGGGAGCAGACGGGUGUCUCAGCGUCAUCGAUGUGCAAACAGGGAUGCGCAUUUCUGCCCUGACGUCAGAGGAGCCCCAGAGGUGCUUUAUUUGGGAUGGGAAUUCUGUUUUAUCUGGAAGUCAGUCUGGUGAACUGCUUGUUUGGGAUCUCCUUGGAGCAAAAGUCAGUGAGAGGAUACAAGGCCACAAAGGUGCCGUCACAUGUAUGUGGAUGAACGAACAGUGCAGCAGUAUCAUCACAGGAGGGGAAGACAGACAAAUUAUGUUCUGGAAAUUGCAGUAUUAAGUGCCUUUUCCUCUCGAAUAUUAAAUUAAAAAUUCUAUUUAAUGUAUUUUUAAACCAAACUUUUAAAUGAACUGUGGUGAAGUGCAAUGAUAAUAAUAGAAGUUUUACCACAGGGAAAACUUGUGGGCUUAAACUUUCCAAUCAUGGUGACUUCAUUGGAAGCUGUUACCUGCCAUUCUCUAAGGCAGAUAAAAACAUGGCAGUGUUAGGUACAUCUGUGAGGCAGAUGACCAUCCCAGUACAGUGGCGAGAAGACAGGGUUAGGUGGCCGAGACUGCAGAAACUUCUAAGACAGGAGAAGAGAAACGUGCAGUGUUCUCUACGCUUCGGUCACUGCUUGGUCUUCCUAAUCUACAAUCUGCCACGAGGCUCUGGGAUGUGUGUGUGUUCAUGGAGUGGUUACUUUCUAUAAUGCUGUGCCCAGAUUCUAAGAACCUGGGGGGAAUUAGCAGUUCUUAUAACAGUAAGUUCACUGUGUAUAGGAACGGUUUGUAUUUCAUUAUAGCUAUUAAAUGCUCACCUUUUCUACAUUAAAAAUAUUUUUCUGUAAUGAAA